UUUAUUCGUCAAGGACACGCCAGGGCGUUUCUGACGAGCCCUUCGUGACUUGCGAAAUAUCUAGCUACUUUUCCUCUUCAAGUCGCAGGUGAGUUCAUAAUCAGUUGAUCCGGCGUCUAAUCGGACGAUGACGGAGAAGGCUUGUUUCGCUCUCGCUUGCUUCUGGCAGCCCGAUGCCCAGUUCGGUUGUCAGAAGGGAGUCCUGCAGACCCGAGUCGGGUACUGCGGGGGCAAGGGCCCGGCCCCCAACUAUCCCAGUGUGUGAAAAUGAUCAUACUGAAGCAGUGGAAAUAACGUAUGAUCCGUCCAUUAUCUCGUACGAAGAUUUGCUUCGUCUUUUUUGGCAGUUCCAUGAUCCUUGCAGUUGUAAGAAGCGCCAGUAUAUGUCAGCCAUCUUCUACAGUGAUGAGCAGCAAAGAAGACUGGCCGAAGACAGCAAGAAACAUCAUGAAAGCGAGCUGGAAAAGCAAGUGGCUACUCAAAUCCUGGCUUUGAACAUCUUUCACGAGGCAGAGGAUUAUCAUCAAAAGUACUUUCUACGCACAUACCACAGAAAUUUCUACGGAGGGCUCCCAAAACAUGACCCAGUGACGUCGACGAGAGACUCUCGUCUAAAUGGUUAUCUGUCUGGACACGGAAAUGUAGAGGACAUGGAAAAAGAUGAAUAUUUGUCUGAACUGACGGAAGAGCAGCUCCAAUAUGUUCGGAAUCACAUGACCGGAGAACACAAAGCUCCAACUGUCGAACCUUUCAUCCGAACUGUCAUUCAAGUGGGCUGGAAUUUUGUAAAGAAAGCCGUUGGUUUGUAGUGUACUACGGCACCUGAAUAUUUAUGAUUCACAUUUGCUCAAACUGUUUCAGAGGUCAAUGACUCGCUAAAUACUGUAUAAUAUGUGUUAUGAGAAGAAAAUGUACAUGAAUAUUUUUAGUUUUUACAUUAUUUUACUUUACGAAAUCUUUUAGAAUAAAAAACUUUGGUAUGUA